UGCUAUUCAUACAAUACAAUUACAAUACAUGAUCCAUGAAACAUCCGAACUCGUGUGUUUCCAGUGAAACUGAAACAUCUAAAGACUGAAUCAUAGUAAACCUUCAUACAUGUAUUAUUUGCGAUCAUUAAGGAGGAAGAAGCGAAAUCCUUUGUCAACCUCGUUCUUUGUUACACUAAGCAAACACCAAAAUUUCAAUUUGACCACCUCAACUCGUCCACAUGUUUCCUCACAUACCCAUCAAAGUGAGUUCAAUGACAGUAACGUGGUUGCAUCGAACAAGCUCAUCACAAGCUACGUUCGAUGUGGUGACGUAGAUUCCGCCUUUGGCGUGUUCGAGAACAUGAAAGUGAAGUCCACUGUUACGUGGAACUCUAUCCUCGCCGCGUUUGCCAGGAAACACGGCCACUUUGAACACGCACGCCAACUGUUUGAAAAAAUUCCCCAACCAAACGCUGUUUCGUAUAACAUCAUGUUGGCGUGUCAUUUGCACCAUUUUGGUGUCCAUGAGGCCCGUGGCUUCUUUGACAGCAUGCCCAUGAAGGAUAUUGCAUCGUGGAACACCAUGAUUUCGGGUUAUGCGCAGGUUGGACUCAUGGGCGAGGCUCGGAGGUUGUUCUCGGCGAUGCCGGAGAAAAACUGUGUGUCGUGGAGUGCCAUGGUGUCUGGAUAUGUGGCUUGUGGGGAUUUGGAUUCUGCUGUGGAGUAUUUUUAUGCUGCGCCUGUGAGGAGUGUGAUCACGUGGACUGCCAUGAUCACUGGGUACAUGAAGUUUGGGAGGGUUGAAUCUGCGGAACGGUUGUUCCAGGAAAUGUCAAUGAGGACAUUGGUGACAUGGAAUGCUAUGAUUGCUGGGUAUGUUGAGAAUGGAAGGGCAGAGGAUGGGUUAAGGCUUUUCAGGAAAAUGCUAGAAACUGGGAUUAAGCCUAAUGCUUUGAGCUUGACUAGUGUUUUGUUGGGGUGCAGUAAUUUAUCAGCAUUGCAGCUGGGUAAACAAGUUCAUCAGUUAGUUUGCAAGUCUCCAUUGAGUAGUGAUACGACGGCGGGGACAUCGUUGGUUAGCAUGUACUCCAAGUGUGGGGAUCUAAAGGAUGCCUGGAAGUUAUUCGUUCAGAUUCCACGGAAAGAUGUAGUGUGCUGGAAUUCUAUGAUUUCUGGCUAUGCUCAGCAUGGGGCUGGUGAAAAAGCUCUUCAUUUGUUUGAUGAGAUGAAAAAUGAAGGCAUGAAGCCAGAUUGGAUUACUUUUGUUGCAGUAUUAUUAGCUUGUAACCAUGCAGGAAUGGUAGAUCUUGGGGUCCAAUACUUUAACUCAUUAAGGGAUUUUGGAAUUGUAAUUAAGCCGGAACACUACGCAUGCAUGGUUGACCUUCUCGGUCGAGCUGGAAAAUUAUCUGAGGCUGUAGAUUUGAUAAAAAGUAUGCCUUUUAAGCCACAUCCUGCAAUUUAUGGAACACUUCUGGGUGCUUGUAGGAUCCAUAAAAACUUAAACUUGGCUGAGUUUGCUGCCAAGAAUCUGCUUGAGCUUGAUCCAACUAGUGCAACUGGAUAUGUUCAACUGGCUAAUGUUUAUGCAGCACAAAACAGAUGGGACCAUGUUGCUAGGAUCCGAAGAUCAAUGAAAGAAAAUAAUGUAGUGAAGAUACCUGGAUAUAGUUGGAUUGAAAUAAACAAUGUGGUGCAUGAGUUUAGAUCGAGCGACAGAUUGCACCCUGAAUUGGCUUCUAUACAUGCAAAACUAAAUGACUUGGAGAAGAAAAUGAAGUUGGCUGGUUAUGUGCCAGAUCUUGAAUUUGCAUUGCAUGAUGUGGGAGAGGAGCUUAAAGAACAGCUUCUUUUGUGGCAUAGUGAGAAACUGGCAAUUGCAUUUGGACUUCUAAAGGUACCAUUAGGGGUUCCAAUACGGGUGUUUAAAAACUUGAGAGUUUGUGGAGAUUGCCACUCUGCAAUUAAGUACAUCUCAGCUAUAGAAGGAAGAGAAAUCAUAGUUAGAGAUACCACGAGAUUUCAUCAUUUUAAGAAUGGGUUCUGCUCAUGCAGGGAUUAUUGGUAAGCUUGCUAAUGUGGAGUCCACACAAUGAAAUUGAAUUGAAGGGUAUGAUAUUUCAUUCUAAGACCAGCGCUGACAAGCUCUUCUUCACCUUGAAGUCGAUAUGAAUUCAGUCAUACACAGAAAGAAAGGAAUACUAAGCUAGAGAUCAGAGAAGUUUGCAUAAUUGCUCUAACAUCGUAUUAAAAUUUUCAGUUGAACUAGUUGGCUUGGGAAAGUGGAAAUUAACUGCCACGUCCUUUAUACCCACACCUUAGUUGUGACACUUAGUAAGAUCCGCAAGCUCUCGACAGGGUAUGACUAAGAGAAAGCAAUGGUUUGCUGUUUGUUGGCACCCCAAGAAUAAAUGCUUUCCCAAAUGCAGCCUCAAUUUCUCUUCAAAAUCAGGAGGCCACAUGGGUUGUGAUUUGUGCUGUGGUGGAGUUCAACAACAGUCAUCUGGAAACUGAUUCUUAGAGAACAGUUGCUCACUGGAAUUGUGAGUAUUGUUCGGUGUGUAGCCAGUACUUGCAAGUAGAGGAUACUGGAAACAGAACCAUCCAAUGACUUUUUCGUUGAACAUUGAAUUGUUGAAUUGGGGGAAUUCUAUGCUGCAAUAUGAGGCAGUAGUACCCCGAAUUUAUUUUUUAUUAAAAUUGUUUAAUUUAUUGACGUUAUUAUUUAAUUUUAAAUACUUUUUAUUGAUUGA